CUCCACAUUUCUAACAACUUUUCUACGCACAAGAACUAAUUUUGUUUAGAAAACAAAAUAAAAACGUUUACCGCUCUAUUUGCAUAAUUUAACAAAAUUUAAUAGAAAUGGCCUCAGCUCUAGAACAAUAUAUCAAUCACACAGUUUCGAUAAUAACAGCAGACGGACGUAAUUUCAUUGGAACUCUCAAGGGAUUCGAUCAAACUAUCAAUGUAAUAUUGGACGAGUCGCAUGAAAGAGUCUUUUCUACAACGGCCGGCAUUGAACAAAUUGUAUUGGGUUUACAUAUAAUACGUGGAGACAACAUAGCGGUGAUAGGACAAAUUGAUGAGACCAUCGAUUCAAGGCUGGAUUUUCCAAAUAUAAGAGGUGAACCCUUGGGACCGGUGGUACAUUGAUUUAAAUUUAAAAAAAAAAAAAACAAAAGUAUUUGUUAAGUUUGAAAACAAAAAAUAAAAAUAAAAUUUCUAUUACUAUAG